UUUAAAUUUAUGGCAAAAGAAAGUUCAAGUGAUGAGAAUGGAGUCAGGAUGAUCGAGAGUUUGAUCCCCAACCUUCAGAUUCCGGAGCUACACCAUGACAAGCUUAAAGGUAUAGGUAAAUAUGUCGCCAAACAUAAGAUACAAGAGCUUUUUAAUGAACUUUUGGUCAAUAUUCUCACUACAAAACCUAAAGAUGUCAAAGGAACUAUUGUAAAUCUCCUCAAAAGGGUUAAAAAGACCAAGAUUCCAGAUAGUGACGAGAUUAUUUGGGAUUUCGGGCAGAAUUACCUCGAGAUUGGUGAUUUUGAGACCCUUUUUGACACCUACGAUGUCCUAGGAGUUCAUCAUAUUCCAGUAAAUUAUAUGAUAGAUGCAUUAUCGGUCGCAGGAGUUCCAGAAGCUAGGACGCUUAUUGAGACUAAAUACCCAGAAAUUAUUGAAGAAGGCCAUGUAAACAAAGUGACAUUCUUAUACAUCAUUGAGGAGGAGCAUAGAAAAGCAGGAUUUGCAUUCAAAAUAGACUCUGAGUAA